CUUGUUUAGGUAUUCGGCACUUUAUGUGUAACGGGCGCUAAAUAAGUUUCCUAAUAUCGCAGCUGUUUUCAGCCUGUUUGCUCUUCUCCUGGCCAAAUGUCAAUAAUACCACGUAUAUUAACUGCAUAUAAACAAUAGUUUUGGGUAAAGCAAAUAGAAGAUUGAUAUCCCAAAACUUUAAGUAGACGUUGAAUGAAAUAUGUCAGAGAUGAUGAGAUUAUUCUAAGUACUCCUUAAAACCGGUACGGUAAGACUUAAAGGUUUGGGUUUCGUGUAAUAUUGUAUUUAUUAAUUUAAUUGAAAGACUGAAACUUAAAUUGUUAGGCAAAGUGAUCAAAGUGCAGAUUCAUCACAAAUUAAGAAUGUUUCAAAGAAUUAUCAAUGAAAUUGAUAUUAAAUCUUAUUGCAGACAAAAUUAUUUGACUGGACAAUAAUCCUUAGCUUAAUAUAUGGAACAGCAGUUAAAUAUUGGCUGUUUUAUGCAUUAAAUGUUUCCAGUGCUGCAUAUGUCAGUGACAUGUGUUCGUAAUGUAAACCUGGGGGGCGUUUCCCAAUAACGUGGUUGCUAACAACUGAAUGGUUCCAACUAUGUAGUUUGCUAACAGGUUUUGGGAAACAUAACCUGUAAGACAGUGUUUUACAAACCAGGAAAAACGUGAACUCUCUGGUGGUCCCCGAAGACUGGUGGUGUGAAUCACAGCUGUAAGAUAUCUGAUAAUGCGGCUGAGGACACGCCCCCCCAACCUUUCCACCUAUGGCUAUUCGCUCAGCUUUGAUUUGAUUGGUUGAUUGGUUUGCUGAGGAUGAGGGGCCUGCCUGUGGAGCAGCAGAGAGAGAUAAAUGAAUGGCGAGGAGGAAACCCAGGGAGAAUGGAGCUGAAGAAAGAAGGUGGGAUGGACCGUACUUUGCGCAGGAGAAGAGGCGUGAAUGUGGUGGCCUUUCCUGCGGUUUGGGACACCACCGAUUACCUGUGGAGGGAGACCCAGGCGACAAAGCUGGCCAUGCUGUUUAAACUGGACCAGGCACAGAGUCAGGGUAACCAGUCCUUCCAGUUCAAGGCCCCCACGCAGCCCAGGAACAGCUGUCCUAACCCAGGCCUACCCACCCAGACUUUAGCUCCUCCCCACAAAGUUCCCACCGUUUUAUUUGCCACUGCAGUCCAUGCAUUCAGAUAUGUGGAUGGUCAGCACAUAAAGGUGGGGAAGAUUGGAGCCGCUGUCCUGGGGAGUCAUGUGACAGGGGAGUACAAGGUCCUGCUCUAUGGCAACAAGCAGAAUGAAGUCGCCUCUGCCAGGAUCUCCCUAGGCUUCACCUUCACGCUCCAGUCUGGUAACUAUGGCAACUUUUAUGAUGAUCAUCAGCAGAACUGGUCAGUGAUGUUUGAGUCUGAAAAGGCCACAGAGGACUUCAGCAAACAGGUGUGCCUGGCGAAAUGGAACAGCGCCCCCAGUCUGGACACAGUGGUGCUGCAGGACCUGGCUUUGGGGGAGGGCCGCGGGGUGGAGCGUGGCGACUCCUUGGAGGUGUCCUACACUGGCUGUCUGUUGCAGAACCACAUUGUCGGACAGGUAUUUGACUCCACCCACGGGCGGGGCAAGCCACUAAGGCUGAGGCUUGGUGCUGGGAAAGCAGUUAAGGGUCUGGAGGAGGGCAUUCUGGGAUUGCAGAAGGGUGGGCGACGCCUCCUGGUGGUGCCCCCAAGCCUGGGCUAUGGGUCGCAGGGGAUCCCGAAUCUGGUCCCUGCCAACAGCACGUUGAUAUUCGAGACGAAGCUACACCGGAUCAAGUCUGGCAAGGAUAAUGGACCGGGUCUGGUACCUGGAGAGGCCCUGAUCUCUGCCUUCGAUGGUCUUGACUGUGAAAGGUUUAUACCAGUUACAGCCGCAUUCUCCACCAUACAGGGCCACCUCCCCCUGACUGCAGACUUUGAUUCCCAAACUGAGCAGUUAAUCGACCCUGCUGCCUCCAAGGGUGACCUGAUCUCACGUGUGGCCCGGGUGGGACAGCCCAUUCUGCCACCUCUCAUGGGGGCUACAUCCACCCUGACAAAACUCAGUGACCCCAGGACAGUGGAUCCCAGCCCGAAAGAACAGGCUGCCCGGCUCUCCACGCAGCCCUUGACCUCCUCACAAGUGACUUCCCACUCUCCAAAUAUGGCGACUGCAUCCUCAGUGGCUCCGCCCCCUGCUUUUGCCGACCCGCAGCCUGAAUUUCCUGGUGCUAAUCCUGCAUUCCAGGUCACUUCCAGCUGUCCCCACUCUGCUCCGAUGGACCCCCCAUGCCUUCUGGGGGCUCAGAAGCCCCCCACAGAGACUCUGCCAUACCAAGCUUGUAGUGUCCCUUCGUUCUUGAUAACUGAGGCCUGGCAACAGAACACAGAAAUGCGACACGCUGUCGGGAGAGUGAAAGACAGAAUUGACCAGUUGGCCUCAAAGGUGGAGAGCCUUCAGAAGCAGAGGAGCCUGUUACUAGGCAUGCCUGCUGUUUCCUUGGAGACGCCUGCACUGCUGCACAGCAUCCAGAAGAUCAUCCAGGAGAAUGAAGGUCUGAAGAAGGAUGUGUCUGAGAAGAACUUGCAUAUCACAGAGCAGAACAUGAAGAUCAGGGAGCUGAUCCACCAGAACCAGAGGUACCUGGAGCAGAACAUUCUGCUGCUGGAGGAGAAGAACAAGUCAUUUCAGGUAGCCAGCGAACAGGGUCGGGCGCGUCUGCUGCAAGCUGAAAGGGACAAGGUGUGGUUGACAGGAGAGCUGGCAUCCUCCACCUUACGCCUGUCUCAGCUGCAGCAGGAGGUCACAGUUCACCAACAGAAAUCUGCAGAGCUAGAGGCUAGGUUGAGCGCCGCCCUGCAGGACAACGAUAGAAAUGCGACUCAGCUUGCCUCACUAGAGGAGCAGGUCAUAGAACUGAAAGACAGAGUGGCACUGACGCGAGCACAGCACUGGGCUGAGAAACAGCGCCACCUGGAGGCGGAAUGCAGGGUGCGCGGCUUAGAGGCGGAGCUACAGGGGCUGAGGGUGGACAGGCUGCGUCUGGAAAAGUACACCACUGGCCCUAGUGAACAAAAGCACUUCGUUGACCAGCAGGAGGAGGUGUGUGAUGAGUGUGAGCUGGCGGAGCAGUUGCCGCGGCAGCAAGCGCUGGGGACAGAGCUCUGGAGACUGGGGGACACGGUGAAGUGUGUGAUGAAUAGUGUGUUUCGCGGCCUGCGGUGGGAGUUUGACCCCCAGGAGACCUACAGUGGGCAAGCUGUGCUGGGGACUGUCGCUCACACCAUCAAGAGUGUCACACUGCAGGUUCUGGCUGACACUCGGGAGUCACCAGGUCAUGAAAUCGCUGGCGAGGAAGAGGAGGGAAUAAAAUCUUCUGAGGAGGUGCAUCAACAUGCAGAGGAAGAUCAGGAAGCCCUGGGCGGCCCUCAGCAGAGUCUGAAUGGUCGACAGGCAGAUGGAGAGACCGAGGAGAAGUUGCAGGCCCCUCAGACGAGCAAGGGCUGUAUCCAGGUGAUGGAUGGGCAAAAACACCAAUCAGAAGAAGAGAGUGCUGCAGUGUCAACUGGAACAUGGGAUGAAUAGCCAAUACCACAGCUGACUGAAGUUAAGGAGCCAUGACAUUAAUAGCAUUUGACCAAUCAGAGUAGCCUUUCAAAGCUGGUUUUCCGGUUUAGUAGCUCAAGCCUGUGUUAUGGGAUGUUUAAUUGAGGACCGUUGUUAAUAAAGCAUUUCUGUGUACCAGUGUCUGGCUCAUGUCAUCCUUUGGUCAAGACUGAUGCACCAUUUUCUUAAUGUGGAAAAUUUAUCACUAUUUAGUUUUCAUGUUUGAAAGGUUAAUGAAU